UCCACAGAAGGCAGUACUUAAACUUGUAAGAUCUCAGAGUGAUGCCAGUUCAAUUGCAUCUGAUGACACAAUAAUAUUGCCUCAUGCAAUGACUCCAGAAAGGACCCAGAGAUGGCCGGAUGUUUGUCCAGUGCCAGCUUUUUCUUAUGAAGUAGAACUCAUACUUGUUGAGGGAAAUUUGAAUCAUGAGAGAACAGGGAAAACCCUGAAGUUAUCAAGGGGACAGAAGCAUGACAUUCUUGAAACCCUUGCAUCCAAAAUGCAUAGCUUUAAAGCAUAUCCCAGUGAUAAAGACAUUUCAGUGGUUGCAGAAGCGCUUGUCACCACCCAUCCUUGUCUUAAAGAACCAGGAACGCAGACAGGAUGGUAUGGUUGGAAAAAUAGUCUGAAGUUUAAGAUGGGUAACUUCUGCACUAAGUUGAGUCGGGCAGGAUAUAGUGAGGUAGCUGUAAAUUCUGGAAAGAGAAGCAGAAACAACCCUGACAAACAAUCUCCCCACACUGACAUAAAGAGACCAAAAAGGGCAGAAGUGAAUUUUCUCCCCAACUUUCCAAAAGGAGAAGAUGGUUCAAGCCUUGAGCGACAGAGACUCCAGAUUGUAGAUGAAGUUAUAAGGACUGACAAAAACCUCCCUCUGAUUGCAAAGUUGAUGCAGACCACCUUUUCCCUGCGACGCAAAGAGGUCAUCAAUGAUGACUUGCCUGUUGGAGAGAUCCUGGAGUUUCACAGAAUCACAAACAUCAACCUGAAGAACCACUUCUAUUCUGAGUUAGACAGACAUGUCCCUCGUCUUCAGAGUUUGUUCAGGAAGAAAGCUGCGCGCACAGGGAAGGUGUCCGAAGUCCUGGAUCAGCUCUUCAACACUUAUGACCGCCAGGAACAAGUUGACGUCAAUGUCCUCCGUGCUGCCGUCCUCCGUGCUCUCCCUACAUAUCUGCAUGAGGAUGACUCCGGAUUUCUGAAGCUGUGGGAUCAGGCCCUGUCAGAUGAACUGCAAAUCGACAACAUACCAGUUGGGCUCCUCCUGAUCAGUGCCACUUCAACAGAUGCUGCGGUAUUCUGCCCCGAGAAGGUUGCCGUUGUGCUUGAGGCGCCAAACUUUGAGAAGCCCUUUAAACUUCAGGUGGACGCAAGUGGAGUUGGUGCAGGAGCUGUACUGUUGCAAGAAGGGAAGGGGGCUAUUGAUCAUCCAGUCUGCUUCUUCUCCCGGUUUGGCGUCAUCUGGUGGUUGCGGUGGCAUGCCUGCUGGUCGUGGGGAGACUCGCCAGCUGGUCGGGGAGACUCGCCCACCUGCCUGCUGAUUGCGGAUGGGCUUCACCUGG